GGGUGGGAGCUGCCUGCUGUUCAGGCCAAGAGUGCUGCCCACACCCUCAGUGCCUUGCUGGGCCACCACUGCCCCCCUGCUGGACCCCCCUGCAGCCAUCACCAAGCCUUCAGGAGAUACUGCUGAGCCUGGUGUAUGUCCAACGGGCACACUGGCGCUGCUUCCACUACCAGGGGUCCUUAUGCCUGCAGGAGGUGCGGGGCGAGGCUGACCCCAGCACCUUCACCCCAAGCCUCUCCUUCCAAGGCCUGGUGGGUGUCCGGCCCUUACGCCUCAAGACCAGAGACACCAUGCAGCUCCUGACACCACAGACCAGCAGCUCAGGGAGAGGAUUGGUGAGAAACUGCUGCAGCUGAGGAGGGAAGGUAUGUAGGGAGGAAGGGAAGCUGAGUGAGUCUCUGAGGCUGUGUCUGGUGUGUGACGAGCAGGUGGAGCAACACGCAGCCUUACGGAAGGGUAAGUGCACUACACACUAAGGUGUUUUUUCCAUUCACAGACAGAACAUAAUAAAGAUAGUCUAAGUACUCUGAUGUACCCGAGGCAGCUCUUGGUACCUGCCAGAGUUUUUACCUCAAGAAGACCAAGUUUCCCUCACAUAUAUAUCUACUUGGACCAAAUUUCUUGUCCACACCAAACCCACUGAGGCAGCACAUGGCAUCUUUUUACCAGAGCUUUUACCUCAAAAAGACUCAGAGUUUCCCUCACACAUACCAUUUAUAGAGGACUUUGUGGUGCAGUGGUUAGCACACUCGGCUCACAACCGAGAGAGCCCGGGUUCGAUUCCUGGGCGGAGUGGAAAAAUUUGGGCGGCUUUUCCGAUACCCUAUGCCCCUGUCCAGCCAGCAGUGAAUGGGUACCAGGUAUUAAUCGGGGGUUGUGUCCCGUCUCCUGGGAUCUGUUCCCUUCUAUAAAAUCCUUCCUCUUCUGUCUCUCUCCAGCAUAUGACCACAGAUGUUGCGCCGACUAAACCAAACUUUCCAACUUUCUGCAUACCAUUUAUUUCACCCAAUUCCUUGUUACAUAUGUCACCCAUUCAGGCAGCUUUAAUACUCUUUACCAGAGCUAGAAGACAAAGCUUUCCUCACUUAUCUAACCAACACUUAACCACCAUAACUUUGACCACACAUAACCCCUUGAGGCAGCUUUCUACCCUCGUACUAGAGCAACCUUUUUUACCAGACAAGUUUCCCUCACACCACAACACACAGAGGUACACACUAAUUCACCCUCUCCCCCCCCCCACACAGGGAACAUCCAGAGCGGCCAGAGCGCAUCCAGCGGGUGUGGGAGAUGCUGGGGCGUGCCGGGGUGCUGGGGCGAGGCCAGCGGCUGCAGCCUCCAGGCCCAGCGUGAGGAGGUGGAGCUCCCACACAGCCAGGAACAUGUGGCCUUCAUGUUCGGGGGGAGGAGGAGCUGCAGACCCUUCAGGAGAACUACAAGUCUGUCUACCUCCACCCGCCACCUACGCCUGUGCCCUGCUCUCGGCCGGCUCACUGCUGCGGGUCGUGGACGAGGUGUUUGCAGGGCUGGCGUGGGCAUCAUCCGUCCCCCGGCCACCACACCGAGCCGGACCGCCCCCACGGCCUCUGCUUCUACAACAACGUGGCUGUCGCCACCAACAGGCUGGGAUGCCAAGGGUGCUGGUUGUGGUCUGGGAUGUGCACCACGGCAGCGGCAUCCAGCACGUGUUUGUGGCCGAGGCGAGGGUGCUGUACGUGUCCCUCCACCGCCACGACCACGGCCUCUUCUUGCCAUCCUCUGAGGACCCAAACUACGACGAGUGGGGACGGGACCUGGCCAAGGCUACAACAUUAACAUUACCUGGAACAAGAGUGGCAUGGGUGACGCAGAGGCUCUCACUCAGGUGGUGCUGCCCGUGGCCUUCCAGUUCAACCCACAGCUGGUCCUGGUCACUGCCAGCCUUGAUGUUGGUGCGGGGACCCACUUGGAGGUUGCCGCGUGAGUCCUGAUUGCUGUGGACAUAUGAUGGCCCUUCUGUCUGGCCUGGCCGAGGGCCGCAUAGUUCUGGCACUGGAGGGCGGCUUCAACCUCACCACCAUCAGCUACUGCAUGACGCUGUGUGCCAAGGCCUUGCUGGGGGAUCCGCUGCCCCCCCUUGAGCCCCAGCUGGUGCCCAACAAGAGUGCCGUGCAGACCAUCAGUGACGUCAUCCGUACCCACAGCCGCUACUGGCCGGCGCUCUGCUUCAAGAAAGAAGAAAAGAAGAGAAGGAAGAGGAGGAGAGGGUAUAUGUGUGUGUGUGUGUGUGUGUUAUAUGGACAGAAUUCAAACUGAUUUAUUUCAACAUAUAUUUUAUUAUUAUUAUUAUUGACAGACAGACUUCCCUUCUUCCUUCCUUCUCUUCUUCACUUCCUCCUUCUUCUUCUUCUCUUUCAUCUUCUUCAUCUUUUGCUUCUUCUCUGUUGGGGUUCUGAUAGGAAGAGAAAUAAUAAAAAUAAUGAGAAAGAAUUAGCUCUAGAGAGAGAGAAAGAGGAGGGGGGGGGGACCCAUAUAUGUGUCUGUGGAGGCAUGUGUCUGUGGGGGUCAUCCUGUGGAUCCUGAGAGAGAGAGAGAGAGAGAGAGAGAGAGAGAGAGAGAGAGAGAGAGAGAGAGAGAGAGAGAGAGAGAGAGAGAGAGAGAGAGAGCACAGCCUUCUGUCUCUUUCUCUUCCUUCUUAUUCUUUCUCUCUUUCUACUACUACUACUACUACUACAUUUCCUCAGUAGUUAGUCAGUGUGUGUGUGUCUCAAUCUCAGAAGUGCCUCCAUCUGUCCCUGUUCUGGCACUCUCGCUCUUCAAUUUCUCUUCUUCUAUCUCUUUAAAUCUUCACUUCUAUACCCAUGCAGUCUUCUACUCCUCCUCCUCCUCUUCCUUCUUCUUCUCACUUUCCCUCAUACACUCUCUUCACAAACCCAUUCUCAUCACGUGUCCAAACCAUAUCGGCGCAGCACACUCCACUCCUUUUGCUGCCACACCCACACCAAACCGCCACACCCACACCAAACCACUCAUACACGCUUCACUCUGCCUUGUCCUGACACACCACACACACCUCUUGUAUAACACCUUUCCACUGCACGUAUUCCCCCUUGCUCUGCUGCGUGUCAUGUACAGUACUUGGCUAAAGCUGUUUCUUGAUCCCCUCUUGGCCUCCAUGCUCACACUUCUUCCCUUUCUAACUCUGCCCUUCGCUGCUCUCUUCCUGACCUCACCUCCCUGUGGAUCUGGCCGCCCUAAACUCAUCUAUAUUCCUGCACUAUUCACUUCUGCUCUCCCUCCCACGUUCCCAUUCAUUACAGUUUAUUUAUCUCCUCUUUCCCUCUCACUAACAUUCCAUCUCUUGCUACAAUUGUCACUUUUCUCCCCUAUUUCUCUCCCAUUUAUCCUGGUGUGUGUGUGUGUGUGUGUGUGUGUGUGUGUGUGUGUGUGUGUGUGUGUGUUCCUCCUGUAAUAUUAAAAUAAUGUAAGAAUGCUCAAUAAAAAUAAAUUACAAAUA